CCUAUCAAUGUAGAUCAAACCUUUUCUAACAUUUAAAAUGAUAAAAGUAUGUUUGAUUAGUGCUGAUAUCGAAAUGGUUUAACAUCGGUAUCGGCCAAUAACCCCGCCCUCCAAAAAAAGACCUAACCAACUUUAACUCAGUGAACCUUGCAUUGUUAUUUCUUUUUAAUGUCUAAUACGUUGUAUUGUAAAUAAAUGUCAUUUUAAGACCUGGACAUAUUUUUCGCCCUGAUUUAAAAAACUAAAGCAUGCACAGCAGAGGGGUCUGAUCUCAUGUUUUACUUCAGAAAAAAGAUUUGACCCCCUUUGACAUUUGUAACUGCCCCAUCGGUCACUUAGUCGUGACACGGGGCCCAUGUUCAGCCAGGCUUCAAAAGCAAAUGUCAUUUGUAAAGGCCACGGUUCAUAAGUAUGACUGUCAUUGCAUUAGCCUGGUGGGCGGAAUGGUUUGGGAUUAAAUGAUGUUAUGUUUCUGUGUUUAUAAGCUUUCACACUCUGUAAAACUAUCACAAAGUGAAUUAAUCUAUCCUAAUGAAGGCUUAUUGGGAUGUUUGUUGAAUUGUUAAGGCACCACAUUACCAUAUUUAACAAUAAAGGGCAAGAAUGUGGGAUGAUGAUUGAAUGUCCUGUAUAAGUCUUUGUUGUUGUCGACGAGAGCCCCCUGUUGGUCGUGAUAAUACAAUGCAGCUGCUUGUCGGCCUAUUUCCGCUUCCGGUGUAAACAAACAUGGCGGUUCAACUCAGCAAAAAUGCGUUUUUUACUCGCGUUUGCUGUUUAAGAUAGGAUUUAACGGUGAACACGAUGGUUGACACGAGCACGGAACCGAGUUUAAUUCGAUACUUCUGCACGGCCGGUAACGGAAUGGAGCCGUUUUUAGUCGACGAGGUGACGCGGAAGUUAACGGGCCAAGACGUUAAAAUGUUCCAAGGUAAAGUGCUGUUCACUUCCUGUGCGAAUAUAACCACAAUUCGGGAUAUCAAGUCUGCGGAGAGACUCUUCUUGCUGUUGAAGCAUGACUCACCUGUGAAGUUGCCCGCUUACACCAGUCCAGCAAGAGCGGCCUCUGUGCUGCAGUCUACGCUGAUAAACGACGUGAAACUGUGGACUGAUGCUGCAAUGACGUGGAGGCGCCUGCAGGAGGAGCUCGCGGUUAACACAGGAGAGCUGAGGGAGGCUGAAGAGAAGUGUGAUGAGGAGUUGAGAAGAAGUGACCACAGGGAGGAAGAGGAGAAGGAGGAGGCUGGCAGUGCACUCAAUGGAAAACAGACCCCGGGAACAAGGAGGUCGAUGUCCCAGACGAUGAAGAAAAAGAGGAAGAUGAACUGUGAAGAUGAGCCGCGUGCUGAGGAGGAUGAGAAAAGCGGGGAAGUGGACGACUUGACUGCGGGAAAACACGGAAAAGGUAAGGCAGCAAAAGAAACCCGCCUGUCAGGACCUUCAUCAGUCCCGCUCUCCUUUCGGAUCAACUGCAAGUGCUCUGGACCCCUGUCACGCAUCCUCAGCAUGCAGGACAUAAGCAAAGCGUUGGGAGUCUGUCUGAGUCGCCAGUUAGGCUGGAAGGUUGACUUGAGGAACCCUCAGCUGGAGAUUAGCGUGUACCUGACUGACGACCUCUGUCUGCUUGGGAUUCCACUAACCAGGCUCCCUCUGGCUAACCGGAGCUACAUCAAAACCACAGGACUGAGGUCCACGGUCGCCUGGGCUAUAGCUGAACUGGCGCAGAUACAACCAGGUAACCUUGUGCUGGACCCAAUGUGUGGAGUAGGGACCAUCUUGAUAGAGGCAGCCCAGGAACACAAGCUUGCCUAUUUCCUGGGUUUGGAUAUUGAUGAUGGACAGCUGAAUAAGGCCAAUGACAAUGUCUCGUUUGCAAAGCUGGGAGACCAAAUGCAUCUGUUAAAGGCUUCAUGUACUGAUAUUCCUUUGCCGAGUGAAAGUGUGGAUGCGGUGGUCUGCGAUCUCCCGUUUGGUAGGAAGUUUGGCACAAAAACCAACAUGGCUUCCAGCCUGCCCCUCAUCCUCACAGAGAUGGAAAGAGUCCUCCGUGUGGGUGGAACCUUGGCGCUCCUCCUGAGUCCCCAGUUGUCAUGUGUCCUGAAAAAACUGCUGACACUCAAAGACCCUAGAGAACCAUCAACGUCUCACCAGGAAUUAGAGCCUCAACCUGGCAGAGACGACCGCUCUGCUGUUCCCUCAAAGCAAGAAGGAGCCUCGGACACCACAGUAACAUCUACCCAGGGACCGCGGCCUCAAACCGGGAUGCAGACUAGUCCACCUGCCUCGCUCUCCUCUCUGAGGCACCAGAUCACCCUGAGACUCAGCUUAGGUGCCAUUGACGGACUUUUACAUAAAUAUAUCAAAUUUAGCACUGAACAACAAUGAAGAAACUGACCUUUUUUUUUUUUGACAUGGCAGCUCAAAUUGUUCCACCAUGGGCCACAUACUGAAAAGUCAAAGCAUCCGGGGCCAUUUUGGUAUUUUGUUGUUCGUAAAAAUGCUUAAAAAGAAAACAAUAAAUAUAAUCAAAGACAAAAACUUUGUGUUUUAGCUGUCAAAGUGUGUUAUUAUUACUUAUCAAUAUAUAUUAUUUUACCAUCUUUUUGCUCUUUUUACUUACGGGCCAAAAAAAACUUCAGCUACUUAAUUGUUUGGGCGAUAUAUGGGAUUGAAUGUAACAGAAUUGGUUACAGAUAUGGUAUUAGUUUAUUUGGAAAAGGAAAAGAGUAGGAAGAAACAGAGCUUAUUUAAUCCUACCCCUUUCCGUUUCAUAGCAAUUACUCACACAUUUGUUUGUACUCAAUCUGUAUCAACAGAUAAGUAAAUAAAU